AUGGAAAGCCAUGGAGAAGGAAGUUCUGAUUUCUCCGUCCAAUGGACUGAUGGAUGGAGCACGGACUCAACAGAUGAUGAUGAAGGAAGUGCUGCACGGUCACUAGAGACAGAGGAAGUUCAAUCGGCAGCGGGGGAUAGAGAAGAUGGUUCAGUGGCUGGUGAUGAGGGUUCCAUGCCAGUACCAACUGGAAUACACGUUGCGGCUGACACAGAAUAUGGUGACGAAGAAUUGGGAUCAGCGGUUUUAACUACCGCCGCAUUGGAAUCAGCUGAGUAUAAUAGUGUGGAAGAGGUAUACAAAGCAUAUGUGGCUUUUGCGAAGGCAACUGGAUUCGCUGUACGAAAGGGUGAUUCUGUGAAAAAUGAGGAAGGGAAUAUCGUGCGGAAGUUCUUUUAUUGCAAUCGACAAGGUUUGCGUGAGAAGAAGCACUAUGAGAGGGUCGAUAGGAAGAGGGCUCAUAAAGCAGAGACAAGAACCAAUUGUUAUGCCAAGUAUGUUGUAUACUUGGACAUGAGUUCUAGAAAGUGGAGGACGAAAACGUUUAUUGUGGAUCAUAAUCACGAUUUGGCCCCACCGGAUUUCACCAACGUAAUGGCGCCGCAUCGGAAGCUGACUGAUGGAGACAAAGCUCACAUACAUAGCAUGCAUGAGGCUGGAUUCCAGACAACUCAAAUCAUGGGGUUCUUUGCUCACUUGUGUGGUGGAUAUCGGAAUGUCAACUUUAUCAGGAAGGAUUUGUAUAACUAUAUGGAUGAUGUUCGGCAAUCCCGCAUUGUUGAAGGGGACGCUGUGGCAGCAAUUAGUUAUCUAAAGGGUAAGACUGAGAUGGAUCCGUUAGCAGUUGUAAAAUAUUCUUACUGCGCUGAGAAGCAUCUAGGUAAUCUUUUUUGGUCAGACGGCCACAUGCAAUAUGAUUAUGAGUGCUUCGGAGAUGUGUUGGCAUUUGACUCUACUUACAAGAAGAAUCUAUACAAUAGGCCUUUGGUUAUUUUUUCUGGUACUAACCACCAUAGGCAGACUAUUAUGUUUGGAUUUGGUUUGCUAGAGGAUGAAAAGAUUCCAUCAUAUAAAUGGUUGUUGGGCUAUUUUUUGGAGGUUAUGCAGAGUAAAGAGCCAAAAGUUGUUGUCACGGAUGGUGACGAGUCUAUGAAGGAGGCGAUUCGGAGUGAGUUCCCUAACGCGACCCAUCGACUCUGUAGCUGGCACCUUGCUCGGAAUGCACUUCAAAAAAUAAAAGAUAGUGAUUUCUGUGCUGCAUUCAAGACAGCUGUGUAUGGCUAUUUUGAUGUUAAGGAAUUUGAAGAUUACUGGGCAGAAGUGGUCCGUAGCUUUGGGUUGGAGGAUAAUGAUUGGAUUGCAAGCACAUACGAGAAAAAGGAGCAGUGGGCGCAUGCUUACUUGUGUGACAAAUUUUGUGCAGGCUUGCGAACAACAUCCAGAUGUGAGGGCAUCAACUCAUCAUUAAAGAAAUUUAUAAAAUCUGGAAAUUGCCUGCUUGAGCUGGUAGAGAACCUCGAUCGUGUUGUGAAAGAUUACCGCAACAACGAGUUCAUUGCGGAUUACAAGUCAUUGUAUACUGAUCCUGUGCUGACAACCGGAUUGGAGUCUCUUGAGCGGUCGGCUAGUAAGUUGUACACAAGGGAAAUAUUCUUCGAGGUAAAGAAACAAAUCGAGAGUGUUGGUGGGAUGAUUGUACUGCACAAGGAUAGGUUUGGUAGCACUGAGAAGUUUAUGCUAAGGAAGUUUAGAAAGCCACAUCGUGUUCAUGCGGUGCUGUAUGAUAGGGGUUCUGACAAGUUCGAGUGUUCAUGCAAGUUGUGGAAUACUGUAGGUAUUCCUUGUGGUCACAUAUUCUGCGUUCUGAAAGAGCUGGACGUAGAAGAGUUGCCUGAUCGAUUGGUUCUCAAGAGGUGGCGUAAAAAUGCCAAAUCCGAUAGAAUUAGCACAAUAGAGGUCCAGUCAGAUCCGGACCGGGCAAUCCGCGUUAGGUACGGUGCGUUGUGGGCUGCUUGUUCGAAGAUGUGCUUCCUGGGAGCUCAGGGUUCAGAAACCUACAAAGAAGUGGUCAAUGUAGUCACGAAGACGUCUAACGAGUUAGAGUCCAUGUGCUACAUAGGCAACAAGGGUGGACAGGCACAUCCUGCUGGAAAUGACAUUGACAUUGGAAAUCCUCAUAUCAUAAGGUCAAAGGGUGCUUCUCGAGGCAGCACUCAUGUGAAGAAUGGGAGACGUUGCAGAAGGAAUCAGUUUCCAGGUCGAGGAGAAGCCACAGCCGUGGCAGGAAAAGGGGCCGGGAUACAUAGUAUUUGCAACAAUGCCAAUCAAUGUGGGGUUGUUGGAAAUGAAGUUAAAGUGAUAAUGUUCACUGCUCACUUGGAAAGGCAUUUGGUGUUGUUUGAUAGGGAUUUUGCUGAAUUUUUUGCUUAA